GGCUCGCGGAGGCCAUGGAUCACAUAGGGAUAGGCCUACUGGGGGCGCAUCUGCAGCAGCACGCGCACGCGGAGCCCAUCAGCUUCGGCAUCGAUCAGAUCCUUAGUAACGUGGAGCAGAGCUGCAUGCUGGGCGCGAGGAUGCACGAGCCGGACUACGGACACGGGGCCUACGACAGCUACGCCAGCAGCGGCGUGAACGGCACCGGCUAUAUGUACGGUAACGCCGGAUAUAACGGCACCGGCAACUCGUGCGGGGUGGCUUCCCUCGGCGGGGCCUACCACAUGAACGCGGGCGUGAAUGCGAGCGGGACUAACGUGAGCUCCUCGAGGGUCAUCCGUGUCCCCGCGCACCGGCCUAUGAGCGGCGGGAACUCGUCCGCUCCGCCGGUAAGCGGCCGCGGGAACGUCAGCAACAUGACGUUCCCCUGGAUGGAGAGCAACCGACGCUACACCAAAGACAGGUUCACAGUGUCCCUCUCACCCCUCACUGUAACACGUCGUGUAGGUCACCCCUACCAGAACAGGACGCCUCCUAAGAAGAAGAAGCCUCGGACGUCGUUCACUCGGCUGCAGAUCUGUGAGCUGGAGAAGCGCUUCCAUCGGCAGAAGUACCUGGCGUCCGCCGAGCGGGCCGCCCUCGCCAAGGCCCUGAAGAUGACUGACGCCCAGGUCAAAACUUGGUUCCAAAACAGACGCACCAAAUGGAGGCGGCAGACGGCGGAGGAGCGCGAGGCGGAGCGGCAGCAGGCCAACCGGAUCCUCAUGCAGCUGCAGCAGGAGGCCUUCCAGAAGACCAUCAACCAGCCGGUCACCCCGGACCCGCUGUGCCUGCAGAACAGCUCUCUGUUCGCCCUGCAGAACAUGCAGCCAUGGACCGAGAACACCGCCAAGAUCUGCAGCGUGUCGGCCUGCGAGUAGAGCCGGCAGUCUGCGGAGCCACGGAGGGCCGCGCGUCCUCCAGCUGGGUAUCUGCGCCUGUACCGAGUACCGAGUGACUGCUAAAGGGCAGACACAGGGGCGUAGCCCGCGGAGGAGCUCAAAGGAGAACCGGUAUUAGUUAUCGGGUCACCUCCCUGCUCUUAUUAUCACCACCUUCUGUCAAAAACACGCUGGUGCUGCAUCUAACAACAGGCAUGCUUCAGAUGGCGUCCCUCAGCGCUUACUCCUACAUUGGGGUCCACAGUCGGAUCUGGAUCCGGAUCCUGGAUCUGGACUGAAUCAGCCCUGCAAGAGACCGCAAGAGAUUUUGGAAAUAUUUCGGAGGCAUCAUGAUGAACAUUGUGCUCCAUAAAAAUAACUAAAAAAAAGUCCAUGAGAGGAGCAGGACGGACUGGCAUCAGUGAGUUGUUGUGUUAUAGUUUACCUAUAAGGGACUUGAUGUUUCAUAAUAUUUUCAUAUUUGUGUGUGCAUCUCUGUCAUCUGUGUCUGUCUGUGACUUUUUACUCAACUGCAAAAUACAGCACUUGUUUUAGCACCUAUGAAUUCAAAUAUAAUCUGACAAAAUGAAAACGAUUUAUAGCAACAAACCAGGAUAUUUGACUAUUUUAUUUCUAAUUUAGGAAGAAAUGGGCCUAAAGAUCAAAAAUCUUAAGAUUCACAGACCAAUCGUAUUUAAUGUUACAAAAAAAAUGACCAUACUUUUGACCCCAGUUUAUUAUUUCACAUUUUUAUUUUUGGACAAAGGCUUUACAAACUGUAUUUUUUUAUUUCUCUUUCACUGCUGUGCUGAAGUGUGGAAGCAGAUCUCAGACCUGUGAGGCUGAGCUCAAACAAGCUGACCAAUCAUGUGUCCAGGCCAUGUGUGUGUGUGUGUGUGUGUGUGUGUGUGUGUGUGUGUGUGUGUGUG